GGCCUUCAGAGGUGCUCACUAGACAACACUUUUCCGUCGCCUAACGCGAAGACACACACCGAUCAUGAGGACUCUGCUGGCCGUUGCUUUCGUCCUUUGCCUCGCCGUAUCGACGGUCCUCGCCGGCGGUUUCGGCGGAGGACUCGGACGGGGCAUUGGUCUGGGCCAUGGUGGUGGCCUUGGCGGCUACGGCGGUGGCCUUGGAGGCUACGGCGGUGGCCUUGGCGGCUACGGCGGUGGCCUUGGAGGCUACGGUGGUGGCCUUGGUGGCCUUGGCGGUGGUCUUGGUGGCGGCCAUGGUGGCGCCUACAGUGGCUCUUACGCUGGCUCCUACGCUGGAAGUUACGGAGGAGGUCACGGCGGUCACUUGGGUGGACAUGGCCUUCUAGGCUAAGAUGUAACUUCGCUGCAGAAGACAACUCAAGGAAAAGACAGUCAAAGUGUACAAAACAUGUAUUUAGAUUGGAAUAAAUGACUUCCACC